CGAAAAACGACACGAUCAGAUGGGGUGGCCUUCGUGAUGAAGCCGCGAUGGACAACGUAGAAAGGCUAUUUGGGGUCGCGGCCUUCGGACCCUGACAGCAAUUGCAGCUCCCAAGCUUCGCAAGCCAGCUGUGCUCCUGCAGCCAGGGCUCUAGCAGCUGCACAUGCACAGUCAGCAUGGCGCGGUCCAAGCUCCUGCCAAACUCCCCGCAUCUAUGAUCCGCCUGGCGUGCCUGCUGGGCAUGCUGUGCUGGCGCGCCGCCGCCGGCCCGGCCAAUGUCUCGGUCAGCGCACCCGGGCAUCCCUCCACCAAUCUGGACUUUGAGGUGGACGGUGUUGUCUUCCGCAACAGGAGCCUGGGUCUAGACCGGGUCUUUGACGUACUGGGGCACCAAUGCUCGCCGGGCCGGCCGCAGCCGCCCGCGCCGGUUGAUCGCCUGACCUACACGCCAAACCGGCGCUGGCCGUCCGACGCUAAGCACGGCCGCACCGCGCUCGUGGUGGUUGUUGGGGGCCCACCGCAGCGAUUCCUGCAGCGCAUGGAGAAAGCAUGGUACGGGUGGCGAGAGGAGUUCCUGGCGCGUUUGGCGCACAGCACGAGCGUAGUCAUGCUGCUGGAUGCUGACUACACCAACAGCACUGCUGAGCUAGUCGCCAGUCUGGAGCUGGUGCCAGUGGACUGCGAUAAGCACAGCAAGGCGUGCCUGGCGGCCGCGGCGGUGGACGCCGGAUACGCUCUGUACUAUUUGCCGGCCGCCGGGCCUCGGCGGCCGAUCAUAGUGCUGCUCGGCCGCGCGUCGUUCCCAGCUCCCUGGUGGAUGGUUAGGAACGGCACCACUGAGGAGCAGAUGAUCGCGUCUGGGUGGCAGACCCCCCACUGCCGCACCUCCUACCUGAAGACAAAGUUCUUAAACUGGCAUGCGCACCAGAUGUUCCGGCAGCUGCAUGUGCUGGACUACUUUGACUUCUGGAUGAAGCUGGACGAUGACGCGCGAUGGGCCGGCAAGUUCCCUGGUGACAUAACCCAUCAUCUCGUCAGCAAGCACCGCAUCUUUUUCCACACUGGCUUGCAGCGGUUGGCGGACCUGGACUGCAUAGGCUUGUGGCAACAGGGCGCUUCCAAACCAGUGCAGGUGUACCUGGACUCUGAGAGCAAUCGCUGCCGUCGCAUCCUGUGGCCCGCCGCUCUCAGCGAGCCCUGGUUCUCCGAUGACUCCCAGGUGUUUUCGGUGGAUUUUGCGGGCGGCUGGCUGGGAUUCUGGACGGCGCCGGAGGUGCUGAUGUACGGCCUGAUCUGGAACAGCUUCCCCGGGGGGACCUGGGAGUACCGCUGGGGGGACGAGCAGUUCUGGACCUCCGCGCUCGGCCUCUUCGAUGACGGGUCACACAUCGAGGAUGUGUCAUACGUGAGGGCCGGCCUUGGGCCAAACGCCAUAUCAGAGAACGAGCCGCCGCACAACUACCUCAACAUCCUGCAUACGCGCUGACUGCGGGCACAUGCGCGCACAUGCCGGCAGCCUAGCCGCUGCAUGCAUGCAGCUUGAGGUGCAGUUUCGCGGCGACCUUUUCAGAAUUUGAAAUACGGCCCACUAGCUGCAAAUAUGGAUGAUUAUGGCGACCUCAUGGCCAAACUGAAAAUGCUUCCUGGUGUUUCCGCGUAGUUCAGACAAUGUGCUGUUGCCAGAGGAUAGUGACACAUGCCGGGAGAUUCACACUGAUCCGCUGCGUCAGAACUGCGCCGACACGGAGUCGAAUUUUCCUUCGAAGUAUAAGUGAAGUAUUACAGGAUAGUAUGCUGCUGGGACUGCAAACAUUGCAGGGCUGGCAGCUGACAGCAGAUUACGUGUGCACAGACAAGCAGGCCGGUCACUUUGCAAGUACAUAGGUAGCUGUGCACAAUUGUACUGUGCAAGCCAGCUGUAGUGUUCCGGCUGCUUGAACACUGUGACACAUGUGAAUCACAGUGUUUCGUGACAGUGUGUUGGUGACUUACAGUGCCGCAUUUGAUGCACAGUAAAAUGUGCACAUUGCCGGUGCCCGCGUUGUUGACUCUCACUUGGUGUAUGUUUCUUUUGAAAAGGUGGGGUUUUCUGCUAGCAGUACUGGUUCCCAAAUGACAGCCAUCUAUGCCAUGCCAUGCCAUGCCGUGAAAUAGUUGGACUCGAGUGGCAUGCGGUGAUGGCCAGUUGUGGAUGGGUUGAAUGUGAACAACCUAUUCUUUGGCUUUGAUGCAAAGCUCGCAAUUGUUCUGGGAAAGAGGGAUAGAGCGCUCUGGGUUUGUCUUCUCGUGGUGUCUUUACUUCGUCUGGGUUUUCAUAUUUUGCUGCGGACAGCCUUUUGCGAAUGACUGGUUUUCUGGUACUAAUCAGGGUCAGGUAUGUGACUAAGCCGCCUGGGCUUGCAUGCGUCUGAAGCAAUCAGAUGCAUAUCGGCUGCAUGACUUGUUUGGCCUGUGUGACAAGAUGAGCAUAAUGUUUCUGAAGCUAGGCUAUGACCACUAGCUUCAGAAACAUUCAGGAUGCUAAGUGGGUAUCUUCCCAUUAUCUUGGGAGUUAUGAUUUCCAUUGCGCUGCUCUGAGUGCUCUGCUCUUCAGUCAACCUGAUCAGGUUAUGUACUGUGUUACUGCAUGAAUGCCAUUGCAAGCCGAUUCUUUAAUGUAGCGUCCUGAGUCAUGCUCAGGAGUUUUUAUUCCUUUGUAACUGUACUGUCCAAU